AUGGACUCGACUCAAGCAGGCGUCUCUACAGCCGCACCCGCCCCGGAAACCAAUCGAGGUCGAGGGCGAGGACGAGGGCGAGGGCGGGGACAACCAAACGCCAGGGGCGGAUCCGGCGGUGCUGGUGGCGGCGCCGUUGACGGUGGCGUCGAAACCGGCAGUGUCGACAAUCACCCAUCCCGGGGUGGACGCAGGGGACGAGGAAGAGGAGGCAGCAACACCAAUACCUCGAAACGCGGACAAGGCCAAAGACAAGGAGAACAAGGCGGCAUCUCUGCCCACACACACACACCACAAGCUGCCGUAGCCGUAGCCGUAGCCGUAGCAGCUCCUACGCAAGGAGAUGCGCCUCCUCCCACCACCGACGGCAAGGCCCCAGAGGGAGCCCCCAGUACGGCCGAAGGUGACGAGAUCUGCUUCAUCUGCGCCGACCCCAUCAAGUUCCACUCCAUUACACCAUGUAACCACAAGACUUGUCACAUCUGCGGUCUCCGCAUGAGAGCCCUGUACAAGACGAAGGACUGUCCACAUUGUCGGACCGCCGCCCCCUUUGUCGUCUUCACCGACGACCCCUUAAAACGCUUCGAAGACUACACCGACGACGACAUCACCAGCUUCGACAACAACAUCGGCAUCAAGUACGCCAACGAAGAGAUCGUCGGCGACACCGUCGUCCUCCUCCGCUACAACUGCCCCGUCAGCGACUGCGUCUUCGCCGGCCUCGGCUGGCCCGACCUCCACCGCCACGUCCGCUCCGUCCACGCCCGCAAAAUGUGCGACCUCUGCACCCGCAACAAGAAGGUCUUCACCCACGAGCACGAGCUCUUCGCCGACAAGGAGCUCGAGCGCCACAUGCGCCACGGCGACGACCGUCCCGGCGCCGUCGACCAGACCGGCUUCAAGGGCCACCCGCUCUGCGGCUUCUGCGGCUCCCGUUUCUACGACGACGACAGGCUCUACGAGCACUGCCGCGAGAAGCACGAGCGCUGCUUCCUCUGCGACCGCCGCGACUCCCGCAACCCCCACUACUACCUCAACUACGACGCCCUCGAGAAGCACUUCCGCAAGGACCACUUUCCCUGCCUCGACCCGGAGUGCCUCGACCGCAAAUUCGUCGUCUUCGAGUCCGAGAUGGACCUCAAGGCCCACCAGCUCUCCGAGCACGGAAACUCCCUCUCCAAGGAUGUCAGGAGGGAUGCCCGCGUCGUCGACAUUUCCGGCUUUGACUACCGCCAGCCCUAUCAGGAGGAGAGGAGGGGCGGCAGGGGCGGCAGGGGUAGGGGCAGAGGUGGUGGCGAAGGCGGCCCCAGCCGGAGAGAAGGUCGAGAAGGUCGCGAAGGUCGCGGUCGCGGUCGCGAUUCCAACGCCGAACCCUUGCCCCCGAGCUCCGCCCAGCCUCUCCGUCGUGACGAGCUUGCUUUCCAGCGACAGCUCGCCAUUCACUCCGCCCAGUCUGUGACCCAGCGCUCUUUCGGUGGCCAGCUGUCCAACUCCCCCGCCCCGUCUCCCGCGCCUGCGCCUGGGCCUGCCCCCGCACCUUCGACAUCACGUCCGCCCAACGGUGCCGGUAGUGCCGGUGGUGCCAGUGGUACUCGACCUGCGAAUGGUACUGGUGCUGCUACCACACCCGCACCACCUGCCGCCACUGCCACCGCCACCGCCACCGCCGUGGGAAACACCCCUCCACCCAGCGCAGUCGACCUCUCCUCCCUCCCGCCCGCCGAAAGGGCCCGGAUCCUCCGCCACAGCGCCGUCAUCGAACGGGCCUCCAACCUGCUCGGCCACGACGCGGCCAAAAUCGCCCAGUUCCGCAACCACAUCUCGUCCUACCGCUCCGCCCAGCUCUCGGCCCCGCAGCUCAUCGACGCCUUCUUCUCCCUCUUCUCCGACACCUCCUCCAACGCCAUCGGCACCCUCGUGCGCGAGGUCGCCGACCUCUUCGACGACAAGACCAAGGCCGCCGCCAUCAACUCCGCCUGGCGCGACUGGCGCGCCAUCAACGAGGACUACCCUUCCCUCCCCGGCCUGGGCGGCAUGCACGGCGCCACCACCUCCUCUUCCGGUUGGGCCGCCGCCGCCGCUUCCUCUUCCUCCUCUCCGUUGUCAGCACCCGCCCAGCCCAGCACCGCCUCGAACCAAAAACACUCCAACCGCGUCCUGCGUCUCAAGAACAGCACUCGCGUCCCCGGCUCGCCCGCUUCCUCCGCCCGACCCCCGACAUGGACCGUUUCCACAUCCUCCCCGCGACCUGCCCCCCCUCCCUCGCAAAAUACCUUCCCCGCCCUCCCUCCCGUGUCCUCCUCCGCAUCUACCUCUACCUCGGCCUCCCGAACCCCAACCUGGAUCGGCCCCAACACCCACAACACCCACAACAACACCCACAACAACAACAACAACAAAACCAGCAGGUCACAGCCUCCUCCGAGGCCUCGUGGCAACGCCAACGGGGCAGACGCCUUCCCUGCGCUCCCCCGGGCGCCGAAACCGUCCACUACCAUAUUUGGCUACGGGACAGGUGCGGUAAGGCGGGACUUUGGCGUGCAGCGGGAUACCGGGUUUAGUUGGGGCGGCAACGACGGCGGCGGCGAGGCGAGCGAGAAUGCGGCGGAGCGGGAGGAGGCGGGAGAAGAGACCGGUGGGGGGAAGAAGAAGGGGAAGAAGAAGAAGGUUCUUGUGCAGUGGGGGUGA